UCCUUUGGAAACCUUGUGAAUGGGAAAGAGGUGUUGUUCCCUUUGAACAUAAGGUUAUUGACCACUCAUAGGUUCUUUGUUUGCAUUUGAGUUAAAGUAACUUCUGAGGCAGCAGGUAACAUUUUUACACUAACUAGAGGUAAGUGAAAUGACUAGGAGCGGUCCUUCAUUAAUCAGUUUCACAGCCAUACCUAGUGGAUGUCUGCUUCCUCCCUGGGGAAUCUCAGGAAAUUCACAGAUGUCAAAGCAGAGACCAUCAGCUUUAAUAUCCUGUUUUUGAAUUCAAAACUUUGGAAAAGUGGAAAGUUCUUUCUCCUCAUAAAAUGUUUAAGGAGCCCUUAAUUGGACAUAUAGCACUUGGGAUUAGUGCGGAUCCCAUCCCUAUUAGUAACCUUACUAAUUAACUAUUAAAUUCCUCAGUUUCCUCAUCUGAAGAUGACUGUCGAAAUUCAGUGAGACUUGGUUUAGGCACUUAAGAUAUGGGAAAGCAGAACCACCAAAAGGAGUGAUGACCAGCGAUCUCAUGAUAAAUCUGGAUGUUAGUUCUCAUGCCUCAGGACAUCCAGUUGGGAACUCCACACCAGCUCCUGGGAUCAGACUUCAUCCACUUACUACCCCUCUUUGCCUGAACUACUAAAGCCAGUCCUAGCUAACCACGAAUGGCUACCCAAAGGAAACACUUGGUGAAAGAUUUCAAUCCUUAUAUCACCUGCUACAUCUGUAAAGGGUACCUGAUCAAGCCAACUACAGUGACGGAAUGCCUCCAUACCUGUAAGUAUUGUUUAAAUUUUCACUUUCAAAACGAUGACUCAUGCCCUGGGGAGGGGAACAGCAUGAGGGAGAAAAACAGAUUGGAAGUGACAAGGUUGGAUAAUACAUUAGAGGAAAUUAUAUUUAAGCUGGUCCCUGGACUACGAGAACAGGAACUUGAGCGUGAAUCUGAAUUUUGGAAGAAAAAUAAGCCUCAAGAAAAUGGACAAGAUGAUACUUCAAAAGUUGACAAACCUAAAGUAGAUGAAGAAGGUGAUGAAAAUCAAGAUGAUAAAGACUAUCACAGAAGUGACCCACAAAUUGCUAUAUGUCUAGAUUGUUUACGAAAUAAUGGACAAUCAGGGGACAAUGUAGUAAAGGGUUUAAUGAAGAAAUUCAUUCGAUGUUCUACACGUGUAACUGUGGGAACUAUUAAAAAAUUUUUAAGUUUAAAACUAAAACUUCCAAGUUCUUAUGAGUUGGAUGUGCUGUGCAAUGGUGAAAUUAUGGGGAAGGAUCACACUAUGGAAUUCAUCUACAUGACAAGAUGGCGACUAAGAGGCGAAAACUUUCGGUGUCUGAACUGCUCAGCUUCGCAAGUCUGCUCUCAGGAUGGCCCUUUGUAUCAGUCCUACCCCAUGGUAUUGCAGUAUCGACCAAGAAUUGAUUUCGGUUAGACCAAGGGGCCUAGAUCCCACCGAGAUGAAUCCUGCACUUUGUUUACUCAUCAACAGAUCGCACAGUGAACGGUGUGUGGACGAGAGGGACACAACCAGAUUUUCAGCAUGCAAAUAAGGCCAUUGUCUGUCUUUAAAUUGUCAGUUGCAUUUAUGUUGUUUCUAUUAAGAGUGAACCAAGUGCCAUUCUGCUACUGAACCAUCCGCAUAAGGUAUCUGUGCCGUCUCACGGUGUACAAGUCAGGGCUGAACUCAGCCUGCCGCAUAUCUUGCUUGCCUGUUCCGAGACUGUUCUGAUGUUUGGUUACACUCGUACUAUGACUCAGUCUGUGUGGUGUUGCAGUUUUCACAUACUUAAUAUUAAUUUUUGUUUAAAUAGAGUACUGUACAAGAAAUAAUUAUUGUAUCUUGAAGUUAUUUUGUAUGGGCAAGUAUUUAGAAGAGUGGUUUUUGGGCCACUGUCCUGUUCUCAGUAAGCUUUGUGUGUGCAAAGUAGUUCACUCUUGAGUGUGGAAGUCUUUGGGGAAGAAUUCCAAUUAUUCUUAUCAUUAGAGCACAUAAUAGCUGUAGACAUUCUAAGUCCUCUGGCCAUGUAGUCUACCAGUUGCACAGGGAGGGCAUCUUAGCCCUCCAGUUGGAACUGUGUGUGACUUCGUGGAGACCUGAAGUUCGAUUCACAACCAUUCAAGGUGUUGACAGCUGGUCACAUUUACUCUAACAAAAUUAGUGCAUCAAUAAGGUCAGUCUUCCAUAAUGCCUUAUGACAAGCACGUGCUGCUUCACGAACUGUCCCUGUGUAGCCCGUUUUAUGUAUGCGUCAUUAUAUUGUGGCUCCCAUCUAAUGAGUACAGUGUCUCUCUUUUUAAGUUGGCCUUAGGUGUGUGUCAUUGUGGCAUGCAGAGGGUUAUGAUGAUUUUAAAUAUUAGGAUUUUUAGAGAAGAUAACCUUAGCUAUUUUAUGGAUUUCAGAAGUCUCAAGGCAAUUAUCAAUUAAAACUGUUUGUUACCUAUCACAUGUCCAAACCCUAUGCGUAAAAUAGAAUAAAUGCAGUGUAGUUGGUAAAUAUGUUAACCAAAAUUAAUGAUUUGAGGAUAUUUCAUUUUAGAUCCUGUAGUAAUCAGGGGGAAACGGGAUUCUGGUUUUAUACACAAAUUCAUUAAGGUCAGAGCUGUGAUAAUGUCCUUGAUUUUGCAGUUUUGUUAAGUCUUCCAUUCAUUUUGAGAUUAGUCUGCAAGUCAAAGAACAUCUUGUUACCUUAAAUUAUAUGAAGAACUUCAUUUUAAACCUUUUAAAAUUUACAAUUGUUUUCAAAAAACUUCUUUGGAAAUUAAGUUUUAUUAAUUGCUUCAAAAUAAACAAGUUAACCUCUGAAUCUUAGGAAAAAUCUUGAAAGGUAGGAAAACUGUUUUAGAAAUCUGACAUGAGCACAAUCUGUGUGUUACACACAUAGUUUUUAUACUGUAUACAUUGUAGAUGUGCUACAUUUUCCAGUAAAAUGUAUCACAGAUUAAUGCCUUCUGAAUCUCAAAAUGCUUCUUAGACAUAACAUUGUACAAUUCUAAAAAACACAUACAAAAUACAGCUAAAUCUUGAUGCAUUUCACAACAUAAAAGGCUGAAACUUCAUAAUUAUCUCUUCAGUGUGUCUUUGUUUCAAGUUAGAGAGUGUGUAUUAAAGUCUUCUAUUGUUUUUGUUUUGACUUUUGUGAAAAAGGUUAUGGCAAUGCUUUCUGAAUUUCAUUUUGUUAGAUUGUGUUUGUGCCCGGAAGGACUCAGAGGCAGAAUUUAAAAGGCAGAUUUUUGUUAACUCUUUAAAAAUGGUUAGAACAGACCAUUACACUCAACCAAAAACAGAAUUUACUCUCCACCUAUAGAAACUGUUUGGCUGUGCUGUGAAAUCCAAUUCCUUGACAUCCCUAAGAAAUUUUAAAAUUAUGAAUCUGUCACAUCUUGGUCAGUGAUUAAAAUAGUGUUUUACGUAUGGAAGUUAAUUAACUCAAAAUGAAUUGAGAGUGAUUUUAAAAAAAACACAAAUGAGACCUGCAUGUUAUUUGGGUCCCCAGCCAAAACUUACAGCUUUAAAUGAGUUUUGUAUACCUGAUCUCUUUAAAUUUGGCCUGUUGCUGCCUCAUCUCAUGUAAUUUCACUCUUUUCCAAGGAAAUAUAUAGGAAGCAAUUAUGGGAUUGAGAACAGUUUUAUAUAAAAUUGCUUUAUUCAGUGUUAACAUGUUAACAUUUUUCCUGAAAUGCAAUGGAAUAUGUGCCAAAACAUGUGAAAGAAAACCUAACAUAAAGAAGGACAUCAGUUACCAGUUAGGGAAAGGUACACAUUUUAUGAUGGUCCUGAGUAAUACAGUGUUACUAUUAAGAACCACAGACUUCUCUGACUGCCUCUUUUGGUAUAUUCAACUAUGAUUUUCUAAGUAUGGGACUACUUUCAUGUCUAGCAGUACACUAAUUAUCCCCUAAGUCAGAUUGUGGAAUUUGCAAGAAACCAGAUACAGAAAAAAUAUACAGGCAACUUUGUGGUUUUAUAAGCUUAGGGUGUAAUAAAACUAUAUAAAUAACCUGUAGAAAUCAUCAUCUGAAUCUGCAAAAUUGGGGAAUUAAACUAAAUUUUAAUCUCUUGUUUCUUAAGCAAAGAACCAAAAGAACUUUACUUCCAUAAAAGAUUUUGUCAUCUGUUUUCUCUGCCUUAGAUAUCAGAGAUGUAAGAGGGUCAAGGAACCUGGGAUAUAAGGAAGGACUGUGGCCCAUAGAUACUUUAGCUGGAGUGAUCACAUACGUUAAUAGAAAAAUCAGAAUAUAGCCUUUUCUCUAGAUUAGCAAAACACUUUAAAGAAGCAUUAAAAAAUAAACUAAAAGGCUCAUUGAUGAGGGAAUAUAAGGUCAUUCCCUGCACCUGGGGUGCAGGUACCUUGCGUACUGUCUUUUAAUUACUUUUCUAAAGGUGUAUUAUUUCUUAUUCAUUGGAAAUAUGUCCCAUACGAAUAUGCCACAUUUUAUAAAUGUAAUGAGUUUGCUCCACUACAUUAUACACUCAAAUUUAAUCUAAAUUUAAAUGACUCUAUAAGGUGGAAAAAAAGUGUGUUAUAUAAUAUUGUGAACUGUUUAGCUUUAUUGAAAUAUUUAAGAGAAAGUGCCUCAUUGCUAAAGUGCAUUUCUGUUUAGAUUUAUUGCAUAAAUUCUGGGUUAUCUGUACCUGUCUCUUAUGAAUGGUUUUGUAUCUAACUAGGCACUCAUAAGUUAGAGUAAUCUCUUUUUGAAAGAUUUUCAUAAGAAAUAGAGAUCACCAAAGACAUUCUACUGUUCAUUAAUAACCAUGGUAAGAGAGACAGUUUUAACACUUUGGAGGUUGGAAUCUUUUAGGUUGCAGUUUAAUUUUAUAUAGUUAAUAACGCAAUAACCUUGAGUAACUGCUAAAAUAUCACCAAAGAAAGGCUUUAAACUGAAUUUUUGUGAUGAGAUCAAUCAAAUGUAGGUUUUUCUUGCAAUAAUCAGAGCACACUUCCUUUCAAAUAUGUCCCUUGUUUUUCCAGAACCACUUGAUAGGUCUUAGGAAAUCCUCAAAGGUGAGAAAGAGAUCAGCACAACUGGCUUCCCCCUGGAUGCAAGGGGGAGAAAUGCAUCCUUUGAAAAGAAAACUAAAAUGAAGAUUUUAAAUUCUAAUUUGAGAAGCUCUUUAAUCCACUUCAUGGAGGCCAUAUAAACUAAAAUUAUGCUUAUUUAGUUCCUGGGUUCUUAAUAACAUAAGAAAUCUUACUAAAGGCAGACUUUGGUAUAAGUGCUGACCGUGCUUACGUGUAUAGAAAAAUAAUACAUUCUAUUGGACUUACAUAAGUAAAUGCUUUUUCUUGUUUUCAAAAGCAAAUUUUUCAUAAAGGCCUAUUUUUUUUAAGUAACUCUUUGUCCUGUUUCUCAGUGAUUACUUUAUUGUAAUUAGAAUUUAGCCACACAGCCAAACUUGGCAAAAAGGGUCCCAGAUCAAGAGCAUAUGCAUCAAGUGAAUGAUUGCCGCCCCCCCCCCCCCCCCGCUCAUUCUCCUUGGGAGCUGACGCUGGGGCCACCUUGAAGGUAAAGCUCACAUGGUGCAGUCUCUCUGAUAGGCCACUGGACAAAACCUCCUUGGAGACACUCUGUUACAUACUCUGGUUUAUCAUAAGGAAUCUUCCAGCAGGCUAAGCUUUAGACCAGUAAGACGUUGGUUGUAGGAAUUGCAAAAAUGAAUGGGUUUGCCAUAACAUAAUGUUUUGGAUCAGAAACAAAAAUGCUCUUAAUACUUUAAGAGAUAUAUCCCUGCACUAAGGAACAUAACAUGUCUGCCAGAUCUGGUCUCUGAAAGAUAUUAAAUAUACUAGAGACUCAGAAACCCCUUUAAAAGCACAAAAUAACCAACCAAUUCUGGAUUUACUUGAUAUACCUAGUUCUACAUGUAGUAUUUUGAUGGAAAGACAUCAGAUUGAAAGUUCAUUAAAACGUACUUAAAUAUACAUUACAAGGUUUUCAUGGUUUUCUUUUUCUUAAAGCAAAGGCAUUUUCCCAAUAAUUUAAAAGGAUUCUCUUCCUCGUGUAAGGCAGUCUUCACAAAUAGUGUGUUUACUCACUAUCCUUACUGUAUUUGCAAAUAGAAUUAAAAUGCUUGAGCACUUCCCUUUCAGAAAGUUAUGAAAUUAAACUUUAUUUUAAAUGCUCAUUCCAAUAUGUAUACUCAUUAUGCCCCUUUUUCUAAGAUUCAAUACUGAGACAUUGUUCAGAAAUGCCUUCUACUUUUAGUUCUCUUUAGAGAACCAAGUGAAACAGGUGUUCAAAUACCAGGUCUAGUUUUCUUCCAUCCUUCAGAGCUUCGUGGAGUAAGAAACUUAGUCUAGAACAAAUGAAGAUUAAAUACUUCCGGGCAACAUAGAGAGAGUGAGCAGAUCAUCUAUCCCUAGACUUCCCCUCAGUCCACUGGAGCAGAAAUUCCACACAUUAGAAAUGUCAUGGGAUCAGCCUAACAUUUGGGGGGGUCAGUUUUCUUUUGCUGUAUUUUUUAGAAUGGGGAUGGGGGCCUAAGUGUCCUUACGAAGCUGUGGCCCACGACAAGAGCUUGUGGGAGGGCGCCCGCCUUGCACGGCGUUCCCGCAUCUGGCACUGGUUUUCAACAGAGUAGCCCCCAUGUGACAGAACCAUCCGAGAAUAUGUUGUACAGUUAUGUUGCUACCUUUCCUUUGAAAUAUAAAAUAUCUGAAGCUUUUUUUGUCAAAAGUGGUAACAUCUUAAUACAAAUAAAAACCUUUUUGUGGUUGUAAGAUUUAGCUUAUGAAUCAUUCAAAUUGAAGUGAAAGAUUACAGGUCAUUGUUAAUGACUUAGUCUAUUAAGAAUAUAUGUAUUUUUGUAAAGGAAAAGCACUUGUAGAUAUUUAAUCAGUACAAGAUAUAUGUCUGUUUUGCAGAAAUAAAAUGCUGCUUAGAGAUUCUCUUUAAAUAUUUUUUAUUUUUGUGCUCAAAUGUAUUUUCUGUUGAUCUAUGGAAUGUUCUGUACAAAAGCUGUACGGUUGUACUGUUGGGCUAGAUUCUUGUUUUUUAAAAUCUGGACUUAGCCAAGUAUAUUUGACCAUGUUAAAAAUAGUAUCUUUGUUAUUAAAUUUUUGAUUGCAUAAUU